GCGCGGCACGGUCGGGGCGGCCCGGCUCCGGGCGAGUGAGUGGAGGGCUGGAUGUGGUCGAGCCCGAAGGGCACUCGUUGAGUCCCGUCUGCGGCCCGGAGCUCCGCGCUGCCGCCGAGAUGGGCCCUCCGCGGCCCGCCCAGCCCGGCGAGAUGCAGGCGGGGGUGGCGGGCGGCGGCCGCAGGUGGAAAUGAGUUCUCAGCAGUUUCCUCGCUUAGGAACUCCCGCUGCUGGGCUAAGCCCUGCUCCGGCACAGAUCACCAGCAGUGGUUCGGCAGGACUGAUAAACCCAGCAGCUGCAGUCAAUGAUGAGUCUUCUCGAGAUGCUGAAGUCACAGCCAGGGAGCACAUGGGAUCCAGCAGCUCCCUCCAGGCCCGGGACGAGAAGCAAGAGCCGGUGGUGGUAAGGCCCUAUCCGCAGGUGCAGAUGCUGCCUGCGCACCAUGCUGUGGCCUCGGGCACCCCUGUGGCUGUGACAGCCCCACCAGCACACCUGACGCCUGCAGUGCCGCUCUCCUUUUCCGAGGGCCUGAUGAAGCCGCCCCCGAAGCCCACGAUGCCUAGCCGUCCCAUCGCUCCUGCUCCACCUUCUACCUUGUCACUCCCUCCCAAGGUUCCAGGGCAGGUCACAGUUACCAUGGAGAGCAGCAUUCCUCAAGCUUCAGCCAUUCCUGUGGCGACCAUCAGUGGACAACAGGGCCAUCCCAGUAACCUGCACCACAUCAUGACCACCAACGUGCAGAUGUCCAUUAUCCGCAGCAGCACUCCUGGGCCACCGCUGCACAUCGGAGCUUCACAUUUACCUCGAGGUGCAGCAGCUGCAGCUGUGAUGUCUAGUUCUAAAGUAACCACAGUCCUGAGGCCGACUUCCCAGUUGCCAAACGCUGCAGCAGCUCCACCAGCAGUCCAGCACAUCAUUCACCAGCCAAUCCAGUCUCGUCCACCUGUGACGACUUCUAAUACCAUCCCUCCUGCUGUGGUAGCAACUGUCUCAGCCACCAGAGCUCAGUCUCCAGUCAUCACCACAACAGCGGCACAUGCUGCUGAUUCAGCACUGAGUCGGCCAGCUUUGUCUAUCCAGCACCCACCGUCUGCGGCCAUCAGCAUUCAGCGCCCUCCCCAGUCACGGGACGCAGCAGCAAGAAUAACACUGCCCUCGCACCCUGCACUGGGGACACCAAAGCAGCAGCUUCACACCAUGGCGCAGAAAACGAUCUUCAGCACGGGCACCCCAGUGGCUGCGGCAACAGUGGCACCUAUUUUGGCAACCAACACCAUCUCUUCAGCAACCACAGCCGGAUCUGUGUCACACACACAAGCCUCCACGAGUACAAUUGUUACCAUGACAAUGCCCUCCCAUUCAUCCCAUGCCACCGCUGUUACCACCUCCAACAUCCCAGUUGCUAAGGUGGUGCCUCAGCAGAUCACACACACUUCUCCUAGGAUCCAGCCUGAUUACCCAACGGAGAGGAGCAGCCUGAUUCCUAUUUCAGGACAUCGGGCCUCUCCGAAUCCUGUGGCCAUGGAGACUCGAAGUGACAACAGACCGUCUGUUCCAGUCCAGUUCCAGUACUUUUUGCCAACAUACCCACCUUCUGCAUACCCUCUGACGGCACACACAUAUACCCCAAUCACCAGUUCUGUGUCCACCAUCCGACAGUAUCCAGUUUCAGCUCAGGCUCCUAACUCUGCCAUAACAGCUCCGACUGGUGUUGGGGUGGCAUCUACAGUUCACCUCAACCCCAUGCAGUUGAUGGCAGUGGAUGCAUCUCAUGCUCGGCAUAUUCAAGGGAUCCAGCCUGCACCCAUCAGUACACAGGGGAUACAGCCAGCCCCCAUUGGGACCCCAGGAAUACAGCCGGCACCAAUUGGUACACAGGGAAUUCACUCAGCAACCCCAAUCAGCACCCAAGGGCUUCAGCCUGCAUCAGUGGGUACUCAGCAGGCUCCACCCGAAGGAAAAACGUCAGCAAUGGUGCUGGCAGAUGGAGCCACAAUUGUAGCCAACCCUAUUAGCAGCCCAUUCAGUGCUACUCCGGCAGCAACCACCGUGGUGCAGACCCACAGCCAGAGCUCCAGCACCAGCGCACCCGCCCAGGGCUCCUCCCCCCGGCCGAGCAUCCUUCGGAAGAAGCCUGCCGCAGAUGGAAUUGCAGUUCGGAAAACCCUCAUUCCUCCUCAGCCUCCGGAAGUAGCCAGUCCUCGAGUGGAGGGCUCCGUGCGGAGCACAUCCGGGUCCCCUAGGCCCACAGGUGCCAAACCUAAGUCAGAAACCCACGUAUCAAUGGCCACUCCAGCCACCGUGUCCAUGGAAACUGUGUCCAAUCAGAAUAAUGACCAGCCCACCAUUGCAGUCCCUCCCACCGCGCAGCAGCCUCCGCCAGCCAUUCCAGCCGUGGCUGCGGCCAGCCCCCCGUCACAGCCGGCGGCUGCGCUCUCCACCCUUCCCGGGGCCGUGCCCGUCACUCCGCCCAGCACCGCCAGCGCAGCCGCGCCCCUGCCCGGCGCAGCCGCCGGUGGCAAUCCCUCGCUCUUGGGCCCUCCUGUGCCUGAGAUAAAAGUGAAAGAAGAAGUGGAACCAAUGGACAUCAUGAGGCCAGUUUCUGCCGUUCCUCCGCUGGCUGCCAGCACCCUGUCGCCGUCUCUUGCAUUGCUGGCUAACAACCUCUCCAUGCCUACAAGUGACCUGCCCCCUGGCGCCUCCCCAAGGAAAAAGCCUCGGAAGCAACAGCACGUGAUCUCCACAGAAGAGGGGGACAUGAUGGAGACCAACAGCACGGACGACGAGAAGUCCACGGCCAAGAGUCUCCUGGUGAAGGCGGAGAAGCGCAAGUCUCCUCCCAAGGAGUACAUUGAUGAAGAAGGAGUGCGGUAUGUCCCUGUGCGUCCAAGGCCGCCCAUUACUCUGCUCCGUCACUAUCGGAACCCCUGGAAAGCUGCCUACCACCACUUCCAGCGAUACAGUGACGUCCGGGUUAAAGAGGAGAAGAAAGCCAUGCUGCAGGAAAUCGCCAGCCAGAAGGGGGUGUCCUGCCGGGCCCAGGGCUGGAAAGUCCACCUCUGUGCUGCCCAGUUGCUACAGCUGACAAAUCUAGAACAUGACGUCUACGAGAGACUCACCACCCUCCAGGAGGGGAUCCUCCCCAAGAAGAAAGCAGCCACUGACGACGACCUGCACCGCAUCAGCGAGCUCAUCCAGGGGAACAUGCAGCGGUGUAAGCUGGUGAUGGACCAGAUCAGCGAGGCCAGGGACUCCAUGCUCAAGGUUCUGGACCAUAAGGACCGUGUCCUGAAGCUUCUCAACAAGAAUGGGACUGUCAAGAAGGUGUCCAAGCUGAAGCGGAAGGAGAAGGUCUAGCUCCAGAGGAGCAGACGUGGAGGAGGAGCUGAGGAUGGGGCAGGCGGGCGGGAGGUGGGGCUGAGAGGAGGAAGCUCCGUAGCCCAGUGAAGGCGGAGGCUGGCAUCGGGCUACCCGGAGCCGCUGUCUGGUGUGUGCCUGUUAAACUCGCGGCUGCCGCCGUGCUCGGCCCGGCCGGAGGCCCAGCCGCAGCCGCCGCACCGCUGUCCGCCGCACGAGGCCCCGGCCCUUCCUGCCGCCUCCGCUGGCCACGGCACCCCCGGACUAUCAGUUACUGUCAUUUGUAAGAACAUUUCAAAGUGAAGCUGCCCUGUGUCUGUCCUGCGUGUGUCCAUGGGGUUUGCAGAGGCCCGCUGUGGAGUGGCUCGCCGUUGUCUGCUGCGGCCGGGGGAGCGUCAGCCUGUGCGCACCUCCCAGGACAAUAAAGACUCCGCGAGGUUUGUACACGAGCAUCGUGUGGUGUCAGAGUCCGUGCUGGCCCAGCGCGCUGGCACGCUGACCGCCGGCGUGUCUCGCCUGGCCCUUGGGAGCGAGGCUGGGCGGGUGCGGUCCUCGGGGUCGGAGUGAGGACCUCGGAGGCGCAGGGGUCUGUGGUCGGCACAGUUACCUGCUCCCGGGCCGCCGGCCCCAGCAGCCUGUCCCUCCGCCGGGCCACCGCGGGGCCUGCUCCUCAGCCCGGUCCCGCACACUGAGUCUGCCCGCCCAAGAGACCAGGCCUCGCUCGGGGCGUGCUCCCUGCCCGGGAAGGGCUGGAGGAGAGGCUUCUGGCUUCUGGUUCAGACGCAGACCUGAUGACCGACCGUGGGAAGCGGACGUCCUGGAGCCGGCGCGCUCCCCGGGCGCCCGGGCUGAGCCCUGGGAAACGCCGCCGGGGACGGCGCUGGUGCUGCCCGCGCCCUGUCCUCGUGCACGUGGCCGUGGCCGGCAGACUCAGGUAUUGGGACGCUGCUUCAAAGCCUGUGUGUGUCCCCGAGGAUUAGCACCUUCAUUAAACAAGACUCCCUGCCCUGGCCCAGGAGCCCGCCGCAGGGGUCCGCGCAGGCAGAGCCAGUGCCGCCGGCCUUCUCCUUGGGGCGAGCAGCAGGAGGGAGAGCGGUGCACUGGCCAGGCACAGACUUGGUGAGCUGUUUGCGGAGCACCAGCUGCAUACAGUGAACUAACACCCCGAAGGCUGCACUUGGGCUUGACGUUUGUUUGCACCCACGGAAGCCAAAGCAGAAUGGUAAACGUUUCCUUCACCUGUGACCUCCUGCCCUCACCUGCCUCCCCAGUUCCAGCUCCUGUGCUCUGCCCCUAGGUGCGUUUUCUAGGAUGUAGGAAUGGGAUCACCAGUGUUAUUUUUUAUGGGAGGGAGUCUGACUUUUUUACACAGGGUAAUGGAAAUUUAUACUGAGUUAUAUUCAUGUUGCUAGUUUCAAGAGUUCAUAGCUUUAUUUGAAGUUUAUUGAGGUGA